AUAUCAUUAACACCUAACUAUUUGCGACCUUCAUCAAAUUAACCAACAUCCUAAUUACAAGCAAAUGCAGCCCAUUUCGGGACAAUUGUCGCGGAUGGCCGGCAGUCACGACGUGCCGACAAAAUAAUAGCAACCAUGGAAGAACCCUUUGAAUACGUGAAAAACUUAGUGGUAAACUUCAAGUUGAACUACUGCUGUUAUGUGGCCCCUGUGCGAAUCGGAUUGCUGAUCACAGCUUAUUUUAAUAUUAUUUUUGAUUUGGCAUCCAUAGUGGGCAUUGGCGACGACAGCUACAAGCCCACGAUAAUGCAAGUGGAAGAGAUCAUCCUCCCAGACAACGCAACCAAGCCGAUCCCGAUACUAUGUUACGCGGGAGAGUUUGCCUUCAAUGUCGUGCUGUUAGCUGCUGUUUAUCGAAGGGAUUCGAUUCUACUGCGCGUGUAUAUGUACUGUUGUUUCGCAACCCUGAUUACUUCGAUCAUGUUCUACUCUGUUGUUAUUGUCGCGAUGGGGCUGUUGAUCAAAAUGGCCAUGAUUCUUAGCAUACUAUUCCAAUGCUACGUAAUCAUAUUAACACGAAGCGCAAUCGUUGAAAUAAGGCUCGAGAGGAAGAGACUUGAACUACCGACCUUGGUCAUGAGCUCUUUGGUUCGCGAGACCAAAGAAAAGAGUCCUGAUACCGAGUCUAUUAAGACCAAAGACAAGACUCCUGAUAUAGAGUUUCCGAGGAUCAAAGACAAAAGUCCUGAUAUUGAGGUCCCGCAUGAGGCGGAAAAGAUAGAUGCUACCGAAUGUACUGAUUUAGACGACAAACAGAAAAAAGACGUUAAACUUGAGACUGUACAAGAACAUCCGAAAGAGGAAGUUUAAAAAUAUAACUGUCUCUUUUCAACUUAUUAAUAAAAACAUGUUGACUUACUUA